AAUUACAAUAGGCUGCUAAAUAGUUCCCAGUAUAUUAUUUAUGUGUUUGUUUAUUUCAAAACGAGCUCAUGCUUUUUGGUAAUAAACAACUCCCAGAGAUGUUGGACGUGUAUAGAACACUAGGACCCAGAGGAAGUUUCAGCUGAGGAAAUAAGAAUUAGGAGUCACCGGGAAAGUUGACAGUACAGCAUGUCCACAGUAGCUGUGUUUCUGUUCACAGGCAUUUAUCUUUUAUUAUGAACUCCGGACAAAACUGAAAACAAACUAGUUUGUUUUGGGAAAAUUCAGCACACCGAAAUGGAAAACGACAGUGUGUUAGAACAGCUGAUCCCAGAACUGAGUGUCCUGUUGAAACUGCUGGACCAUGAAUACCUGAGCACCACCACAAAAGAGAAGAAGACAGCAGUGAGCAACAUCCUGCACAAACUCCAGCCAUCAUCUGUGAAUGGAACAGAUUACAUAUAUAUGAACACUACAGCCUAUAGGAAUGGGACUAGCUUUGUGGAAUCUUUAUUUGAAGAGAUCGCAGAUUGUAACAUUGGGAAUCUCAAAGACGCUCCAGAGGAGAAGAAAGAGGAAAGCGAGGCAGAAGCCUUGGAGACAUCACCUUCCAAGACAAGCACAACUGAUACACCUCCUCCACUGCCCACCACCCCACCUCCUGAGGAUUAUUAUGAGGAGGCAGUGCCCCUGGAUCCGGGCAAAGCUCCCGAGUUUAUCACCUCAAGGAGCAGUUCUAGCCCACCGAACUCAAUAGAAGAUGGAUACUAUGAAGAUGCUGACAACAACUAUCCAAUCACCAGGAUUAAUGGGGAACAGAAGAACUCAUACAACGAUUCUGACGCGAUGAGCAGCUCAUAUGAGUCCUAUGACGAGGAGGAGGAUGAUGGGAAGGGACAGCAGCUGACGCACCAGUGGCCCUCGGAGGAGAACUCCAUGAACCUGGUGAAGGACUGCCGCAUCUGCGCCUUCCUUCUGCGCAAGAAGAGGUUCGGGCAGUGGGCCAAGCAGUUCACCGUCAUCCGUGACAACAGGCUCCUGUGUUACAAAAGCUCCAAGGUUCAGAGCCCUUACCUGGACCUGGCCUUGAACACAUGUAACGUUAUCUACGUUCCAAAAGACGGGCGGCGGAAGAAACACGAGCUGCGCUUCUCGCUGCCUGGCGCUGAAGCCCUGGUGCUCGCUGUGCAGAGCCACGAACAGGCUGACGAGUGGCUCAAGGUGAUCAGGGAAGUCAGUAGCCAGUGUAAUGGAGUUCAUGGGUUGGAAGGGUCAACCUCACCGAUGAUUCUGCGGAAAGUAGAACUGGACAAGAGAUUAUCCACGGAUAAACAGACCUCAGACUCGGACAGUGCGGUCACGGGAGACAAUAGCAGCCCGGUGAACGGGAGGGAAGGCAGGGAUCACGUUAAAGGGAAGAGAAGCGGCCUGGCUGAAUUAAAGGGCUCCAUGAGCAGGGCAGCAGGGAGGAAGAUCACAAGGAUCAUCAGCUUCUCCAAGAAAAAGCCCACGACUGCUGAGGACACCCAGACAUCUUCCACUGACGAGGACGUUCCGUGCUGUGGUUACCUGAAUGUGCUUGUGAACCAGUGCUGGAAAGAGCGCUGGGUCUGUCUGAGAAGGAAUACUCUGUAUUUCCACAAGGACCGGUUGGACCAGCGAACCCACGUCAAUGCUGUCGUGCUGCAGGGCUGUGAGGUGGCAACCGGACUAGGCCCCAAGCACCCCUUCGCUUUCCGACUGCUGCGCCACGGACACGAGGUGGCGGUCUUGGAGGCAAGCUGCUCUGAAGACAUGGGCCGAUGGCUGGGACUGCUCUUGGCUGGGACUGGAUCCUCCACAGAUCCGGAGUCUCUGCAUUAUGACUAUGUGGAUGUGGAAACCAUUGGCAACAUUGUCGACGCUGUCAGGCAUUCCUUCCUCUGGGCAACCUCUUCUUGCAGCCCCGGAGGAGUGAUUGAUUCCAGGACGUAUGAUGACGUACCCUAUGAGAAAGUCCAGGUGGAAGAGCAGAAGCGUCCUGCGGUGACGCUAGUAAAACGACACUCAUCCUUCUCCAGUAAAGAGACCCACAAGACAGACCCGCAGGUUAAGAUAAAGCGCCACGGCUCAAAUGCCAACCAGUAUAAGUAUGGGAAGACCCGUGCUGAAGAAGAUGCAAAGAGAUACUUGAGUGAGAAGGAGAAGCUGGAAAAACAGAAGGAAGUGAUCCGGAAUGAACUGGCAGUGCUGCGCAAGGAGAGGGGAGAAGUGAAGGAGGCACUGAAAAGCACCACAGGUAAGAAAUCAAAAGCCCUGGAAGAGAAGAUUGCACAGUUGGAAGAGAAGUGUCGAGAGAAGGAAAGCCAGCGAGUGGAUGUGGAGCUCAGACUUACUGAGGUGAAGGAGAACUUGAAGAAGUCAAUAGCGGGGGGAUCUCUCGGGGCAGCCGGGGACAACACGACCGGGUCAAAGAGCUCAGGAACAAAAAGUGAGAGCAACUACACAGAGCUUUACCUGCCGGUGAACUGUGCUUCAGAAAUCCGAAAGCGCACCCCAUCCAUCAGUGCCUCAGGGAAAGGCAGUGUCAUGAAGAAGGCGAAGGAAUGGGAGAUGAAGAGAGGAACCUAAGUGACUGUGUGUCGUGUGAGCACUUCGAAACUGAGAGAGGUUUCGUUCAGCAUAGAGAGCAUUUU